GUCCAACCGUGGCGGCAGCGGCGACGACAGCAGCACAGACGGCGAACAUGGCGGCGGCGGCGGCAGCUGCGGCGGGGGCAUCGACGACUGCGGUGCGGGAGUCGGAGGCGGUGGCGACCGUGGAGACGCAAAAGGCCCCCCGAGUUCCGAAGGAAGCCCCGGCGCGAGACGCCCGAUGGCCAGCGGGCCCGCCACUGCUCCGCGUUCAUAUCCUGCCUGGGGACGUGGGCCUGCCCGCCUCCGCUGCCCGGAUGCGCCAAACGCAGCACGCAACGCCCAUCUGCGGCAGCCGAACCGAUGGCAAGGAGGUGUUAUGAGCCUGAGCCGACGUAUGAUUGCAGCAGUCACGAUCACGAACUCGGUCGCAGCUGAACGCCAAGGGCAACUGUGAAACCCAAGUGAUGUGCAACGCUGAACCUAUAGGAACACGAGCGUCGAAACGAGGUGCGCUUCCACAUCUUGGCACGAAACUCAACACGCAGACGGAACGAGCACGUGUGGCGCGAACGUUUCCGCCGCCACGUGGGCCCGCACGUGCCGAGCCACUGCGCAGUGUGCUGGCUCGUGCGCUUUGAGCACGGCGCGCGCUGCGCCUCAACACGGACGCAUCAGGGCAGCUGAGCUGCCGCGGCGGCGCAGCGCCGGGCGCCGCGCAGGAACAGGGCCACGGCGUCCCCCCGCGCUGACUCCCGGCGAGGCGGCCGGCGCGGCCGCCAGGCCGCUCGCUGGGCGGCGAAGAGGCGGCAGCCGCGAGAGGUCACACGCGGGCGCUUCUGCUCAGCGAGGCGUGGCGGCGGCCCCGGCGGCACGCUGCACCCUCCGAGGGGCCAGCUCGGCUACACGCAAGAGCGACCUCUGGUGGGCGGCCUCCUGGGGGCCGCGGGGGACCGAACACGAGGGCGCAAGACGCUACUGCCGUAUCGCUCUCGGCGAUCGAGAGACCCCAGUGGGCCCGCACCCAAGGUCACUCCGGCGACGGGUCACCUUGUAGUCGACUAGGGUGUCGCUCCGCUCCGCGGGACGGGAGGUCAGGGAGUGGGCAGCAUGCCGCGCCGCGGCGAGAGGGGCUGGAGGCGGCGGAGCGACACGCUGAGCCAGAGCUCCUGACCGCAUGGGGGACACCCCGGAGGCCUCGCGCGGCAACUUGAGACCCCAGGGAAACCAACCGGUA